CCAGUCAGAACCAAGAACCACAACCAUCCUCCUCCUUCAAGUAGCAACAUGAAGUAGUCUGAAGUAAAGGAUUUUUAAAACACUUUUAAAGGGCAAUGGCGGACACGAAAAACGUUUCUCAGGUUAUUUCUCAAAUUUUUGAAGAGGCGCCAACGGCCAGGAAGAAGCUGAUUGAGAACCAGAGCAACCUGCAACAAGUUGCAGACUACUGCGAAAACAACUACCUGCAGGCAGAUGAGCCAACAAAGGCUCUUGAGGAGGCCAAAGCUUUGACCACGCAGGCGUUGGCAAGCGUCACCUAUCAAAUCAACAGCGUGGCCACUUUGCUGCUCCGACUUCUCGACUCUCAGGCCAUUCAGGUCAAGAACAUGGAGUCCUCAGUUAAUCUCAUGACACUGGCUGCUUCCAUCCACUACGAGAAAGUAGCCAGGAGAGAAAUCAGCAUCUUCACUACAUCCAACAAAAACACACAUGCCGCUCUUGUGGCUCCGCCCACUUCGGGAAGGGAACUGGAGAGAGGCUAUUCACGACUCCCCAUAUCAUACUCUUGCUUGGACACCACUGGACACAGUUUCCAGGUCUCUCAAGAGCCCCCCAGAAGCAGGACAGGGACUACUGACAGCAUGCAGAGCAAUGCAGAUGCCCCCAUAUCCAACCAAGGCAUCGCUGUGCCUCUGCCAUCAGUCCCCACCUUGCCUGCUGAAGCUAACCUCACUGAUGACCUCCCCCCACCUCCUCCCCAAGCUACAAUUGACGCCGGUUCGUCUGCUCCUCCACCCCCUCCUCCUCCUCCUCCUACCAGUUUGGACAGCGGACUGCCCCCUCCACCUUCUUUGACCUCACCAACAUGUCUGCCACCACCACCACCACCACCACCACCACCACCACCAAGCAACCUCUGCUCACCGGACUCACUUCCCCCUCCACCUCCUCCAGUUGCAGGAGCUUUUUCUCUUCCUCCUCCAUCUGUGGCGGGAGCUGCCACUCUUCCUCCUCCUCCUCCACCACCACCGCCCACUGCCACUUCUAGUAUUUUGCCCCCACCUCCUCCCCCUCUGCUACAUUAACUUUUUUUUUUUAAUAGCGUUUGUUCGUGGAUGAGCUGUCACCAGUUCCAGCUGAACCGAUUGCCAGCCAAUGGCAGGGCAAUAAUUGUUUGAAAGUUUUACAAUAUACAGUAUGACAAUGUACAGGUCUUGUCAUAGACUUGUUCUAUAGAGCAGCAGCAGAGAUAUCUUCAACAUGUUUCAACACUGGCCCCAUGACAUUCCAAAGCGACAAGUUCAAACGGAUUCCUCACUUUCUCCUUCAUUGGCUCAUUCCUUCCUUCCCUAUUAGGUCUCUGUUAGAAUCGUUUCUACUCAGCAAGUCCUUAAAAAAACUGUGAUGACAAGUGACAGUGAUAAUAUACUUAUUAAAUGCUUAUCUCAGCAAGUCAUGAUUACUUUUUACAUGCCGUGCAGGGGCUGAGCCUAAAGGCAAUUGGUCAUUAUAAUGCAAUCACGAUUCGGUAAUUUAGGAGCAUAUUUUCAUUAUGUGUACUUGGCCCAGGAAUGAAAGCUGAUUAUAAGCUUUUAUUUGCCAAAGGGUAUUGAUUUACUAUCCUUUUUUGUGGUUGUACUUUUUAAUCAAAAAUGCACUC